AUGGAAAGGGCCAAUGAUAAGGCAAUUUUGGAAGGCUCAAAUGAGGUUACAUCUUUAAGGGAAUCUGAGCAACCUCCAGUGAUUGUAAUAGAGGAGAUGGACUUUGGCAAAGCUGAAACAGAGGGUAGCAAGGAGGAAAAUGAGGCAGAGGAGGAGGAAGGAGCUGGUCAGGACAAGAGCUCUUUCCAUGGUGCAACUUAUUUGCAAAUUAGUUCCACACAAGUAGAAAUAGCUCAAGAAGAGGGUGCUUUUCUGGCAGAGGUAUCCAAAAAUGAUGUUGCUGUCCAAGAAGUGGUAAUGCAAGAGGGCUCUGCUGCCCAGAAACUAGCUGAAGAGGAUGGGAAUGCAUCUCAAGAGGGAGAAACCCAAGGAGAAGUUGUGCUAGAAGGAGAUGCCAUGGAACAAAAUACCAUCCUGGUGGAACCUACUCAGGAUUAUGGCACAGCCACUGAAGAGGUAGAGGGAUCCAAGGAAGACAACAACAGGCAGAAUGAGGAUGCUGGCUUUGUUGCUAAAGAGGAGGUAGCUGAGGCAGGCUGUGGUGACAAAGAGGGGAUGACUGAGGAGGGUGGUGAUGUGGAGGAAGGGGUAGCUGAAAAAUGCUGUGAUGCCAAGCAGGAAGAAGCUGAUGCUAAGGAGGAGGUAGCUGAAGAAGGUAGUGAUUCAAAGGAGGUGGCUGAGGGAGAUAGUGAUGCAAUGGAGCAGAUAGCUGAAGCAGGCAGUGCUGCAAAUGAGUAUGUUUCUGAGGAAAGUGGUGAUGCUAAGAAGGAGCUGGCUGAGGGAGGAAGUGGUGCUAAGGAGGAGGUAAUUAAGGUAGCUGGGGAUGCUAAGGAGGAAGUAGCUGAGCCAGGUAUUAAUUGUGAGCAGGAGGAAGUAGAAGGAGGUAGUGCUGUUGGUGAAGAUAUAGUUGAGGGAGCUAAUGAUGCUAAGGAAGGGGCAGCAGAGGCAACUGAGGCAGAUGGCCAUGCCAAUGUGGAGGUAGCUGAGGCAAACUGUGAUGUUAAGGAGGAGAUGGCUGAUGGAGACAGUCCUGCUAAGGCAGAGGAUGCUGAAGCAGGCAUUGUGGUUAGGGAGGAGGUAACUGAGGCAGGGAACAAUUCUAAGGAAGAGGUUGUUGAGGCAGGGGAUAAUGCCAAGGAGGAGAUGGCUGAUGGAGACACUCCUGCAAAGGUAGAGGAUGCUGAAGCAGGCAGUGUGGCUAGGGAGGAGGUAACUGAAGCAGGGAACAAUUCUAAGGAAGAGGUUGCAGAGGCAGGGGAUAAUGUCAAGGAGGAUAUUGCUGAGGCAAGCAGUGAUGGUCAAGAGCAGGAAGCUGAGGCUGAUGUUAAUGCUAAAGAGGGGGCUAUUGAAGGAAAUACUGAUGCUACAGAAGAGGUGGCUGAGGCUGGAAGUGGUGCACAUGAAGAGAAAGUGGAGGCAGCUGGUGAUGCCAAGGUAGAAGAAACUGUGGCAGCUAGUGAGGAUGCAGGGGAAUCUACUUUGGCUGAUACCAAUGAAGAACAAGUGUUGAUACAAGAAGAAGGCAGCAGCAAACAGGAGAGUGCAAAUAAAGGAGAUGAUCAAAUUCCAGUAGAAGAAGGAGAGGUUGGAGGAGCCUCAUCUGAAGAAGGAAAUAAAGGGGCGUCAGUGGAGGGAAAUGAUGAGAUUCUGUUUGAAGCAGAUGGGGGGAGCACUCUAUCAGAAGAAGGAAAUGGUGGGGCUACUAAAGAGGGAGAAGAGAAAACUGCCUCAGGGGAUGGAGAUGGGCCGGCUCCUGUAAAAGAAGAAGAGAUAGCACCACCGGGAGAAGGAGAUAAAGAAGAACCAGCUGCGAAUUAG